UCAACAGCCCAUUACCCAUCCCCACAUGGAGCAUCCCAAAUCCAACUCUGUGGCUCACCUGCCUCCCCCUCCUUCCUGCAGGCAGCUCUGCAGAUGGACAGUAUGGCAUGGGCUGUGAAGGAGGUGGGCUCUGUGCUAAUGCUGUCCUUUCCUUUUUCCCCAACAGCAUGACUACAGUCAUUGUCAUCCUGGCUGCAGUGAUCGCCCUGAUCAUUGGUUUUGGUGUCUCAGGAAAACACUCCAUCAGUGUGACGGCGCUGACAUCUCCGGGGAACAUUGGCCAGCGCAGCGUCCUGGGCUGCUCUUUCGAGCCCGACAUCCGGAUGGACAGCAUUGCAAUCCAGUGGGCCAAGGAGGGAGUAGCUGGGCUCGUUCACGAGUUUAAGGGAGGGAAGGACCACCUGCAAGAGCAGGAUCCGUCAUUUCAGGGCCGCACGGCCGUGUUUGCGGACCAGGUGAUCGGCGGGAAUGCCUCCCUGGAGCUGAGGGAUGUGCAGCUCUCCGAUGCUGGCACCUACCAGUGCUCUGUCACCACAGCCAGAGGGAGCGGGGCAGCGGUGCUGCGCUACAGGACAGGAGCCUUCAGCAUGCCCGUGGUGCAGGUGGAGCACGGAAGCCAUGAGGACGCGCUGCAGUGCGAAGCCCCGCGCUGGUUCCCUCGCCCUGCCGUGCACUGGAUGGCCUGUGGUGACACUGGGGAGCACCUGCCCCUCGCUGCCAACACCAGCUACCAGCUGAACCCCAAAAACAUCACUGUGAAGGUGGUUUCCCUCCUGCACAACAUCACUGCUAAUGCCACCUACACCUGCGUGAUUGAAAACAGCAUUGCCAAGGCUGUGGCCAACAUCAGAGUGACAGAUUUCAGCACAACGAAGGUGACCAACUUGCAGCUGGUGAACCUGAAUGCAGAGUCAGUGUCAUCCUCCUUUCCAGCCUGUCACUGGAUGCUUCUGCUUCCCUUGUACCUGCUGUCAACAUAA